AAGAGAGAGCAGAAUAAGCCGCAGUCAGAGCCCGGCCAGAUGGGGGAGGUUGCCAAGGAAAACGCUCCCCCCACCCCCCCCUGCGCCCAGCCUGUGUUGAGAGGGGGUUUGCCCUCCAAACUCACACAGAGAAUAUCAACUGUCGCGUGUGAACGACGGUGUGUACGACAGCACGACCAACGUGGUGCGGGCAGUCAUGACCAUGACCAAGGAGGCUCCCACGGUGCAGGCGGACGGGUACCUGGACAUGGUCAAGAAAGUGGGCAGCGAACUCCGCAGUCUGUUGGCCAGUGUGGAUGAAGUGUUGCCGCAGUUACCGCUCGACUCUCACAGACAGUGACAGUUGGCAGAUAACAUGAGUGUGUCAACUAUCUGUGGUGACAGUUGGCAGACCGUGUCAUUGGCAUCAAGUGGAAAUGUUGUCAUUAACACCAGCA